CUACAAACUAUGUUUCAGCCAACUGCUGUGUUAUCAGUAUCUUGUCAACAGUAGGCUAUUAAGGUUUUGAGGAAUCAAAAGUUAAAUGCAGAUUUUCAGCUUCAUGGGGGUGGCGCCUGUGGGCUGUCCACCAUGUUGUUCAAGGACCUAUUGCACGAUUGAUUUUGUACGUUAAUGUUGUGUAUUGCGACCUUGCUGAGCUCGUUUGCUACCUCUGAUAGUUUUUCAGUGGGUUCCUUUGGAUUUUCUGUAUGUAAGAUCAUGUGAUCUACGAAUAGCUAUAGUUGUACUCCUUGUUUUCUAAUUUGUAUUCCUUUGAUUCUGUUUUCUUGCCUUCUGGCCCUGGCUGGAAGCUCCAGCACAGCGCUGCGUGGGAAUGGUGGGAGUGGACGUCCUUGCCUUGCUGCUGAUCCCCGGGAGGAGUUUGCUCUCUCAUCACUGUCGUGAGCGGUCACCUUUGUCCCAGUGUCCAAGGUAAGCGGACGAGCGGAGGCUGAUGACAUCCUUGCCGCUGUCCGCCCAACCACAAGCCUUGUGACCAUCAUGCUGGCCAAUAAUGAGACCGGUGUCAUCAUGCCUAUCCCUGAAAUCAGUCACCGCAUUAAGGCCCUGAACCAGAGGCGGGCAGCUGCUGGACUGCCCCCCGUCCUUGUGCACACAGACGCUGCACAGGCCCUGGGGAAAAGGCGUGUGGACGUGGAGGACCUGGGUGUGGACUUCCUCACAAUUGUGGGGCACAAGUUCUACGGUCCCAGGAUUGGAGCACUUUACGUACGAGGGCUCGGUGAGCUCACCCCUCUGUACCCUAUGCUGUUUGGAGGUGGACAGGAGCGGAAUUUCAGGCCAGGGACCGAGAACACCCCAAUGAUUGCUGGCCUUGGGAAGGCUGCUGAGCUGGUGGCCCAGAACUGUGAGGCUUAUGCAGCCCACAUGAGGGACAUCCGGGAUUACCUGGAGGAGAGGCUGGAGGCUGAAUUUGAUAAGAGAAUCCAUUUGAAUAGCCAGUUUCCAGGGGCGGAGCGGCUUCCCAACACCUGUAACUUCUCCAUCCGGGGAGCCCAGCUUCAAGGCCAUGUCGUGCUUGCGCAGUGCCGGACGCUGCUGGCCAGUGUGGGGGCCGCUUGCCACUCAGACCAAGGGGACCAGCCAUCCCCAGUGCUGCUGAGCUGCGGCAUCCCCUUUGAUGUGGCCAGGAACGCCAUCCGGCUCAGCGUGGGCCGCAGCACCAGCCGGACUGAGGUGGACCUGGUGGUGCAGGACCUGAAGCAGGCCGUGGCCCAGCUGGAGGGUCAGGCCUCGUCAGGCCACCCUUGCUCAUAGGAAGAUACCACAGGACGCCAGGCACUUUACCUUCCGUCCCUCUGGGGGCUGUGCUGGGAUGACUGUCUUGUCUCUCCCAGUAGUUACUCUGCCCUGGGGUGUCUGGGGGGCAGGGGUGUUCUGGGCAUCCUUCCCCAGAAAUGGAUCUGCCCAGCCCCCAGACCCCACGUACAGCCCACAGGCCAGGACACCAGUGCCCACAUAGGACCGUCCCCCAGCUACUACUGUCAGGUGUGACUUUGAAGUGGGACACUUCAGCCACGUCCACGCUGCCCACAGGGAGUUGGGCCUGUCAUGAACUUCCCUUCCUAGAAGGUGGGGGUUUUAUCUGGAAGGUAAAGUCCAAGUGCUUAUAACUCAUUUUCAGCUAAUUGCUGUCGUGAAAAUAGGAAACCUGGGCUCGGCACCUGUGGCUCAAGCAGCUAAGGCGCCAGCCACAUACACCUAAGGUGGCGGGUUCGAAUCCCCAGCCCGGGCCCA